AUGGACCUGGAGCGAGAGCCUGGUCAGGGCAAGUCGAGUGGGAUUGGUGCGGACAGUCCUGCCAAGAAGCAAAAGGGGGAUCUCGCUGGUCAACCAGGGCUUCAGAUGGAUGCGCUGCGCCAGCUACUAGCGGAACAGUCGCACUCCCUCCUCCAAGCACAGCAGAUGCAGAUGAGCACUGCCUUUCAGGCUUUCGAGGAAAGGCAGGCAGUCCGUAUGGACCGAGUUGAAGAGCGGGUCAGUGGUCAAGGAAGUCGUCUCGAUGCAGUGGAGGGACAGCUCAAGGAACUUGCGGCUCGGCUGGCCACUGUGGAGUCCAAACCCGUUGGCUCGGGGCCGGGUGGUCCGGAUCGGAAGACGACAUUGGUGUUUGGAGGCUGGGCUAGCAACACUCGGCGGCAGGUGCUGUUGCAGCAGCUGCAUCAGGCUCUCCAGGGCCUGGGACUGCUCGAGUCCCUUGAUGCAGCCCCCUUCUGCACGGGGGCUAGGCGCUCGGUUGCCCUGUGCAACUUCAAACGGCGCCAGUGUGAGGACGGAGAUGAACCUCGGGGUCGGAUGAUGCACGUGCUGCAGACUAUCAACUCCAGCAGGGUGGUGCUCGAGGGAGCUGAGAAGCCCUUGUGGGCAUCUUUCAGCAAGACCCCAGAAGAACGAGGCAGAGCUUCACUGGCGGCAGCGGUAAGGAAGGUGGUCCAACGUUUCCAGGCUUCUCGUAUGGGGGACUUAGACGUGGAAUAUCCUACAGGUCGCACAUGGAUGAAGGAGGACCAACUCUCGGGACUCGGUGACCCUCCGGCAGAGGUACAUCAUGUUAGAACCGUGGACACGAGAGCAGGCCCGGGAUGGAUCGACGAGCGAACUUUGUCUAGGUGGGUUGAGGUGAAUUUGGCAGACGUACAGCCAGAUGCAAGAGCUCUCCCGGAGCUGCUCACCUCGGGCCUCAAUCAGGCAGCAGCUAGCGCCGGGUCUCACGAUGCUUGCCAUGCUGUCGUUGUUUGGGGCUGGAAUGUGGGUGGUGCCGAGCUUGCGUCGCUGCCAAAGGCAGUCCGUGACUCAAGCCGCCGGGCGCUGGAAAAAGAUGAUUUGGUCCUGCUGCAAGAGGUGCCGAGAGAAGGGAAGGGAUGGUCGCAUCAGGACCUAGCCGGGCGAAGGGUGAUUUCUCAUCGGGAAGAACGGCAGUGGCGUGGGACUGGGCUAUGGUACGACCCAGGGGCAUGGUGUGUACUUAAGAGAGUUCACACUCUACGAGGCACAUGGUUCAAACUCAAGCACCUUGAACGAAGUGCGGAGCUGUGGAUCGGGACUGCGCACUUCACACCAGGGGUUACAGCUGCCAAGUAUGAGGAGGAAGUACAUGACCACUUUGCCGGGCUACCUCGGGGUGCACACCGCGUCGCUUUUCAGGGGGAUGUCAACACAGCCUUUGGGUGGACGUCCUCAGACCUCGGGGGCAUUUCUGAAGUUGCGAAAGAAGGGAAGGGUGGCAUUUUACACAAGGUUCUUGUCGAACACGGCCUUCACAUACUAUGCCCGCACUCCUCGCAGGUGGACACUCCGACCAGUCGCCCCAGACAGGAGGGAAGAGAGGGACAGUGCAUUGACAUCAUGGCAGUCAGGAGUACUAGGGUCCGGUAUUGGCGCAUCCAUGUCGAUUCGUACUUGCAGAUUGGUACAGACCAUGAGCUUUGUGAAGGGUGUCUCGUCUUCGAAGCAAAAAGGGUUCAUCACAGGCACGAGACCAGACCUAGGGUUUGGAACGGAGGGAUCCAGGUGGUGAACGGCAUGGACCAGGUGAUCAUUGAGGGUUUAGCCAAGGAAUGUACGCGACCAGCCCCGGGGCACGGAUAUCGGGACCCACUACCUGUUCGUCAAGCCUUCAAAGAUGCUAAGAGGUCGGGGACUGCGGCAAAGUGGAAAGCAGCCCUCAAGCUCCGAAAAGAGGCUCGUCGUCAAUGGGAGUUAGAUAGGCUGCACAGAGCCUGCACGGGAGACUGGGCUUCCUUUCGAGCACUGCGACCGCAACGACACACAGGCUGGGACAUUGGGUUUGCCGAGGAACAAGCGGGGGAUCCACACGAGGCAGUUCACCAACACCUAGCAGCGGUUUACCGGGGUAGGCAAGAAGAGGGCCCAGCUCCUGUUUGGCAAGGUGAAGUUCGUGCAUUUUCCUUGACAGAACUCAGGGAAGGGGUCAGUCACCUUAAACGGGGCAAAGCGGUGGGCGCGGACCUGACUUCAGCGGAGUUGAUCUUUGGUCUCAUGGAGGUCCCUGGAGGACCUGAACACCUCCUUGAAUGGUACAAUAGGAUCCUUGCUACGGGUCAAAUCCCCGAACGGUGGAACGAACCUAUCCUCGUCAUGCUUCCCAAGGUGCGGGCACCUAAGGUGGCGAAAGAGCUACGUCCCAUCGCUAUGGGAUCAGCGGUCUCCAAGCUUUUUAGCAGGCUGCUGCUGAACCGAGCUCUCCCGCUUAUCAGCCCACAAUCCUAUGCUCAGUGCUCAGGUCCGCAAAGACAAACCUCUGAUUUCCUGUACUCGAUCGUCCGUCUCUUUGAGUUGGCACGCGAAUGGGGGAAUCCUUUGGUGGUUUUCAAGCUAGACUUGGAAAAAGCCUUCGACAGUCUAGAUCGCGGGGUCCUGAUGCAGAAGCUUGAGGCUAAGAUUGGGAAGUGUGCUGAACUGGUCUGCUGGGAAAACCUCCUGCGCGGCACUACAGGCAUUCUCCAGACCCCGUGGGGACAAUCUAGGGUGCCGAUGACUCGCGGCAUAAAGCAGGGAGCAGUCGAGUCGCCAGUCCUUUUUGCCUAUGUCGCUGAGCUAGCCUUGCUUGAUUCCAUCUCAGACCAGGGGUGGCGUGACAUGGUUCCUCUAUAUCCCGAUCUCCCGGAGGAAGAAAUGAUGUACAUGGACGACGGUCUCCUCUGGAACGGUCUUGUCUCGGUAGUGCAAACACGUGCCCAAUACCUGUCGGCUGAAUUUGCAAAGUACGGCCUCAAGAUGAACCCCACCAAGUGCCAGCUUUACGCCUCACCAGGGGUUCAAGGGGAACAUGCAAUUUGGCUCAAUGGUACAAAGAUCCAGGCACAGUCUCACCUGGAAGUCAUGGGGCUCUGUUUGAAGGUUGGCAUGUCUACCUAUGAAUUGGUUUCGCCGGCUUUCACAAGGGCAAGGGCAAAAUUCUGGGAGCGUCGCCACAUCUUCCGUGCCAAAGGGGGUAUGAAGCACAGGGCCAGGGUUAUGGAAAGGGUUGUGGGAGCGACCGCGCUUUGGUUCAUCUGUUGCAUCCCGCCCGACAAGGCCACCAUGACGGCACUCAACUCGACCCAGCUCCAGCUGAUGGUGUGGCUCCUGAGGUUCGCCAAGACGCCGUCGGAGACUUGGGAGGCCUUUCGCAAGCGGGCGUUUCGCGGGGCGAGGGCAGCACUGCAUUCAGCCGGCUUGGAGCGUUGGAGCACGACCUGGCUCCGGAGAUGGUGGAGUUACGCGGGGCACAGAGUCAGGGCCAUCUUGUCGCCCUGCCCGCCAAUUAGUAGCCACUUCGAACACUUUCGAACCCUCCCAUGGUGGGAACAUCAAAAAUCCCUUCCCCCCAGCAAAGGCAUCCGUCACAAGGGCCAUCACUUUGCUCGCCUCACGGUGCUCGAACAAGACAUGAACAGAGUAGCUGGAAACCCCUGGCGCCUCUUGGCUCAUGACAGACGUGCAUGGAAAGCGAGGGAGAAUGCCUGA